AAUUUAUCUAAAUAUUAUGAUUUUCCAAGUGACUCAUUCGCUCAUUUCCUCUCUCUUUAUAUACAUAAUACAUGAGACCAAGCAACAACCCUCGAACAAAAAAAAAGAAGAACGAGAGGAGGGAGGAAAUGACAUUGCAAGAGGUAGGAGAUGAUUACACAAAAGAUGGAACUGUUGAUCUUCGAGGCAAUCCUGUUCGAAGAUCCCAAAGAGGUCGUUGGAAAGCUUGUUCCUUCGUCAUUGUGUACGAGAUAUUUGAAAGAAUGGCUUAUUAUGGGAUAUCGAGCAAUCUAGUAAUAUUCAUGACUACUAAAUUGCACCAAGGCACGGUCCAGUCGUCUAACAGUGUGACCAAUUGGGUUGGGACCAGUUGGCUCACUCCAAUAUUGGGUGCUUAUGUUGCCGAUGCCCAUCUCGGCCGCUACAUUACUUUUGUCAUCUCUUCCGCUAUUUAUUUUUUGGGAAUGGUGUUGCUGACACUAUCAGUUUCUGUACCGGACCUUAGACCACCGAAAUGUACAAAGACUAAUGUUGAAGACUGUGAAAAGGCUUCGGUUUUACAAUUAGCCGUUUUCUUUGGAGCGUUAUACAUAUUAGCAAUUGGUACAGGAGGCACCAAACCAAACAUUUCUACAAUAGGAGCUGAUCAGUUCGAUGUCUUUGACCCAAAGGAGAAGAUUCAUAAACAUUCAUUUUUUAAUUGGUGGAUGUUUAGUAUCUUCUUUGGUACUCUCUUUGCCACAACCGUUCUUGUUUAUGUUCAAGAUAAUGUAGGAUGGGCCUUAGGUUAUGGGCUUCCAACAUUGGGGCUUGCGAUUUCCAUUAUCAUAUUCUUGGUAGGUACUCCAUUUUACCGUCAUAAACUUCCCACGGGAAGCCCAUUCACGAAGAUGGCUAGAGUCAUUGUGGCUUCACUUCGUAAAGCUCAAGCGCCUAUGUCACGUGAUCCCACAUGCUUCCAUGAGCUCCCUUUGUUGGAAUAUGAGAGCAAGAGAACAUUCCCAAUCCAUCCUACAGGAAGUCUAAGAUUCUUAGACAGAGCUUCACUCAAGACCGGACCAACCAAUAAAUGGAGUCUCUGCACUAUAACAGAAGUAGAAGAAACAAAACAAAUGUUAAGAAUGUUACCUGUCUUGUUCAUAACGUUCGUCCCAAGCAUGAUGCUCGCUCAAGUCAUCACUCUAUUCGUCAAACAAGGAACCCUCCUCAACCGUCACAUCACCAGCAACUUCAGCAUCCCACCCGCAAGUCUCGUAGGCUUCACUACACUCUCCAUGCUCGUCACCAUAGUCAUAUACGACCAGAUAUUUGUUAAACUCGCAAGAAAACUAACCGGAAACCCAAGAGGCAUCACAUUGCUUCAACGAAUGGGAAUCGGUAUCAUCCUCCACAUCUUAAUCAUGAUCAUUGCAUCAGUAACAGAACGGUAUAGGCUCAAGGUCGCUGCUGAGCACGGGCUAGUCCAUAGAACGGAUGUGCCUCUUCCCUUGACCAUUUUCGUGUUGCUUCCACAGUUCGUGCUAAUGGGUUUGGCUGAUACUUUCUUGGAAGUAGCUAAGCUUGAGUUCUUCUACGAUCAAGCACCUGAGAGUAUGAAAAGCCUCGGGACAUCGUAUAUGACCACGAGUUUAGCAGUUGGAAACUUCAUGAGCAGCUUUUUGCUUUCGACGGUGGCCCGGGUAACGAAGAACCAGGGAAGAGGAUGGAUUCUUAACAACUUGAAUGAGUCGCGGUUGGAUUACUAUUACAUGCUCUUUGCGGUUAUAAACUUGAUUAACUUCAUCUUUUUCUUGAUGGUAGCUAAGUCUUAUGUGUACAGAGCUGAGAUUACUGACUCAGCAAAUGUAAAACAGGAGACAAAGGUGCUAGAUAACAACGAGUAA